AUGAGCGACUGGGAAAACGACGACGAGCCACAGCAGGUCGCUCCGCCGCCCAAGCUGUCUGCGGCCGGACGCAAGAAGUUUGAUGACGAGGACGUCGAGGAUGAGGUCAAGGACGAUUGGGAGGAGGACGACUCGGAACCCGAAGCACCCAAAACCGCCGCUGUGCUGCCACCGCGCAAGAAGAAGAGCGUCAAGCAAAAGAUUGCCGAGAAGGAGGAGGAGGAGCGCGUGCGUCGCGAGCAGGGGCUAGACGAGUCGGACGAGUCGGGCGAAGAAUGGGACGCGGAUCCGAUCGCCAAGCGUCGAAUGGAACGAGAGGCGCAGCUCAAGUCGGAUGUCGAGAACGCUGCCAACUUGCUCGGCACGGCCAAGAUCGGCGAUGACGCCCUCUCGGCCCUCCGCACCGCCAACCCAUCCUCAAAGGAAGACUGGGAAUCCUUCUCCACCUCGCUCUUCACCGAGCUCCUCAAAUCGCAAUCCACCAAGCCGGGGUUCGACAAGCACUUCGUUCCGCACAUCUACCGCCUCAUCGCCUCCACCUUGCGCGAUGUCGACAUUCGUAAGAACAGCACCAUGCUGAAGACCUAUGCGGAGGAAAAAGUCAAGGCGGAGAAGGAGGCCAAGAAGUUGGGUGGGCAGAAGGUCAAGGUCGCCGCUGCCAAGCCCAAGGCGGUCGGAACCAGCAGUGCUAAGAAUGUCAUCGAUACCAGGGCGUACGGCGAUGAGGCGCUGGAUGACGAUUUGGACUUCAUGUAA